CAUCCACAAGCGCAAGAGAAACAAGAAACUACUACUACGUGUAAGGAGGUGUAAGGUCCAUUCGCGAUGGAGAACUUCCGGGAUCAGGAGCAGCGGCAGGCGGCGGCGAGGGUGGUGCACAGCCAGGUGAGGAAGAUCAAGGAGGAGGAGGGCGACAAGGUCAAGGUGCACGAGACGUACCAGCCCCACGUCGCCGAGAUGCGGCUCGUCCUCCGGGACCUCGGCCGCCACCGCUCCCGCUCGCCGCUCGGCAGGGCCGCCCGCCCCGCCAUCUCCAUCGGCGGCGACUCCUAGGGAGGAGGAGGACGCGUGUCGUCUCCUCUCCUCUCCGUCCUCCCUCGUCGUGUAUUUAGGAUUUUGCUUUUCUUUGGUUACCUUUGUCCUCUCGGAUGGAUGGAUUUUGUUAUCCCCAUCUUGAUGAUCCUGUAAAUACUUGUGUCUAAGUUGUUGUCACCCUCUUCCUUUCUCAGUUUAUUAGGUGCAGGAUAGGUAUUAUAGAUCAUACUGCCUUUUUGUUCCUUCCCAAAACAGAUCCUGAAUAUAUAGAGCUUUACAUUACA